AUGUCUUGCGCCGAAAAGGCCCCAAAUUCCGAACGCUGUACCCUCUCGCCCCCGUUCAUCCCCUUUCGGCCCGAAGCGAUACCCCCCCGAGAUCAAUUCUAUGCCGACCAGGACAAUUUUCCCGAUCCUUCCGUCUUUAGACUGAGUUCGCCUGCUUCGCCAGCAUUUGCAAUCUCCGAUGCGCACUACGCUUCAUCUCAGGAUGCCUCCGAAACACUCUCCCAACUCCCGCCUCCGGAGCUGGUCUCCUCUCCGGACUCGACGGAUUCAACAGCGGAAUGGGCGAAUAGCCAGGCACUCCCGCGUUCGCCCCGCUUGACGCCGCAGAUUCUUUUGGCGCAUGUGAAUGUUUAUUUGAAGUACUUGUUUCCCAUCAUGCCCGUCGUUCGGGGAGAAGAGUUGCGCCGCGACAGUCACCAGCCAGAGCUACUCUCUCCGCACCGGUACGCUUUCCUGGCAUCACUGUGUGCGGCGACCCAUAUUCAAUUGAAGCUUGAUGGAGCCACACCGGUUCCGGAUCCUAUUCGCCUGCAAAGUCUAGGCGAUGGCCAUUCCCUCGUCUCCGGGGAGAAAUUAUUGGCGGAGGCCGUGCGGGCGCGACGCGAAUGUGACAUCGUGGAAGAGAUCAGUAUUGAGAACCUUCUCACGUCCUUCUUUCUUUUUGCCUCCUACGGAAACCUCGACAAGCAAAGCCAAGCCUGGUUUUAUCUAUGCCAGGCUACUUCGAUGGUAUUUACAUUGGGUUUAAAUCGCGAGUCAAGAUACGCAGAGUAUCCGCCAGAAGAGGCCGAGGAAAGGCGACGAGUCUUCUGGCUUUUAUUUAUAACAGAAAGGGGCUACGCGCUUCAGCAGUCUAGGCCUGUCAUGCUUCGCAGUUCGAUCCACAAACCGCAGGUCCUGUGCUCGGAAGAUCCAAUUCUAGCAUACGGCUUUAUCAACUUGAUCAAUAUUUUUGAGAAGCUCACGGCUAAUCUCUACGACUGGCUUGCCGCUGGAGGGAGUGAUGGACUGGUCGAGAGACCACCGACAUCCGUUAUCCAGUCCAGUCUUUGCAAGCCCAUAUCACUGGAGGGUGUUCUCGAAAUUCAACAAGUGGAUAUCUUGAUUACACAACAAUGGUUACAAUCUAUGAUGUGGAAGCUAUCCAUGAACCAUGCAACCCAACCAGGCUCGCGUGACGACUCGGUAUUGCCUUUUCAUCUCCCGGUAUUGGUCGGAAAAGCCGUGAUGAGCGUGAUUGGAUCUGCAUCUCAAGGUGCAGUAGAUGCGCAUGGGAUCGGAAUGGAGCAAAAACUCUUCGACAUGGGCUCGUCAGUCGCCGACGUGACCCGAUCACUUGGCUCGAAAGCUGUCGAUCGGCUUUCCGAGUCGACGAUCGAUCCCCGGGAGCUACUUUGGGGUAUACUUCACACGCUGUCGCAGAUCCGUGGCUCGCCAUCUUAUUUGUUUCCGGACUUACUAGACCGCUGCAAGACGGUGUUAGGUUUGGAUUGCACAAUCACUACUGGCAAUUUUCUUCCUACUCUUGGCGCUGCCACGCCUGAUCAGCUAAGUGCAUGGGCUGUUGGGCAUGGAUGGGAUUCAUUCGCAAACAGGGACUUACAGGAUGAAGCCGAUUGCAAGCGAAUCGAGACUAUUACUAUGUCUGGGAUGCCCCAAGGAGCCGAAAUUGAUUACCAAGAUUGUCUGCUUUCCUAA